AUGAACGGCUACGGCUCCCCGUACCUCUACAUGGGCGGCCCGGUGUCGCAGCCACCGCGGGCUCCGCUGCAGCGGACGCCCAAGUGCGCCCGGUGUCGCAACCACGGCGUGCUGUCGUGGCUGAAGGGCCACAAGCGCUAUUGCCGCUUCAAGGACUGCACCUGCGAGAAGUGCAUCCUCAUCAUCGAGAGGCAGCGGGUGAUGGCCGCGCAGGUGGCGCUCCGCCGGCAGCAGGCCAACGAGAGCCUGGAGAGCCUCCUCCCGGACUCGCUGCGCUCCCUGCCCGGGCCGCCGGGCUCCGCCGAGCCCCCCACGCCGCCGCCGGGGCCGUCGCCCUGCUCCGCUCCGCCGCGCACCCCCGCCGAGCUGGCGGCCGCCGCCGCGCUCCGCUGGGCCGCCGAGCCUCCCCCCGCGCUCCCGGGGCCGCUCCCCAAGGCAGACAUCAAUGAGGAGCGGUUGGGUGAUGCAAGUGGAGCAGACAGUGCUGAGACCUACAGUGACAAAGACACAGACCAAAGGAGUUCCCCAGACAUGACUAAAGCCAAAAGCUGUUUCAACCCUGAAAGCCCUGAAAUUGUUUCAGUGGAUGAGGUCGGUUUUGCAGUUCAGAAAAACGGUGGGAGCACAGAGAGCCGUCCAGACAGCCCCAAGUACCACCCAGAACAGAACCACCUCCUGAUAGAGGGUCCUUCUGGGACAGUUUCUUUACCAUUCAGUUUGAAAGCAAACAGGCCCCCACUUGAGGUCCUGAAGAAGAUUUUCCCUAACCAAAAGCCGACUGUGCUGGAGCUGAUCCUGAAGGGGUGUGGAGGUGACCUGGUGAGUGCUGUGGAAGUUCUCCUGUCCAGUCGGUCUUCAGCGGCCAGUGGGGAGAGAACUCCUGCAGAAUCUGAUGGUCUGGUUCUGCCUUCCAACGGGCACAUUUUUGAACACACACUGGGUUCCUACCCUAUUUCCUCCUCCAAGUGGUCUGUGGGCUCGGCAUUUAGGGUUCCCGACACCCUGAGGUUCUCUGCUGAUUCCAGCAGCGUGGUGCCAAACCCUCUGGCUGUCCCUUUGCAGCACCCCUUCCCUCAGCCUCCACGCUACCCGCUGAUGCUGAGGAACACCCUGGCCAGGAACCAGUCCAGCCCGUUCCUGCCCAACGAUGUGACGCUGUGGAACACCAUGACCCUGCAGCAGCAGUACCAGCUGCGCUCGCAGUACGUCAGCCCCUUCUCCGGCAGCUCGGCCGGCGUCUUCCGCAGCUCGCCCGUCCUCCCUUCCCGCUCCUCAGAGGAUCCCAGGAUCUCAAUUCCUGAGGAUGGGUGUCCCAUCGUGUCCAAGCAACCAAUCUACACAGAGGAUGAGUACGAGGAGAGGUCUGACUCUUCGGACUCGAGGAUACUCAACACAUCUUCCUAGGCUGACGUUUGAUGUGUGACAGCUUAGCGAUGCUCACGGUGCAGCUGAACUGCUGGCCCCUGAGAGGAGGGAAAAAAACUCUACAAAACCCUUGCAAUUGUGUUAGAAAGUGACUUUGCUUGGUAGUGUACUAUAGCAAUAAAGACCUAACUUAUUUAAUUUCUUGCACUUCACUGGAUAAUGCCAAAUAGCAAUACUCUGGCUUUAGUGCUGAGUGUGUGUUGCAAAGGAAGGCUUCACGGCUGCCGGUUAUGGGACUCCAGAAGACUCAUAAUGGGAACAGAAGCCUGAGGUCUACUUUGUUCCUUAACUCAGAAAAAUGGGGAUGUUAAACUAGAAUACUUGAAUGCUGUUUUAUAAUUGAGAACUCCUCAGGACAUAAGAAAUCAAGCAAACAUAGUUCAAUUGCAAAUGGACUAAAACGAGGACCUUAUAAUCUUGUGCCAGUGAUCAUCCUUGCAGUGAAAGAAAAGGCAGAAGAAAGUAAUACACACAUGCAACCAACAUAAGCUGCUUCUGUGCCGUUUGAGCUUGGACACUUUUCAGAGAAAUAUUAUUAAGAGUUAUUCUUUUCCCAUGGCUAGGUCAAAAUGUGUAAUGUCAGUGUAAAACCAAUUACAGCUGUGAAUUGCAUGAAGUGUAUU